AUGAAAAGAUGUCGCCUGUUGUUGCUGGCAGCCCUGUUCAGCUUUGCGAAAUGCAAUCCAGAUAUAAGUCAUGGACCCGUGGAGCCAUCCGCACCGUCCCAGCAGCUUCUUUCGUUGGAAGACUUGCAAGACAUGAUCAGCUCUCUUGAAGAGCGACGAAGACAACUGCAUAGUAACACCACAUCGCCGGCGCAAAGACGUUUGGGGAUGCACUCGCACUCCGGGGCGCACUCAGACUUGGGCAUGCACUUGGACUCGGAGAUGGUGGAUUCGGAGACUGAAGAGCUGAAGCCGACUCAACAAGCUACGUGUUCUUUUGAUAUCAUAGGUAUCACGCUUGCAGUGGCCAGGACUGGGACUGUGCUCUAUUUUGUGCAGGAUACUUGUAAGAACACGGAGACGAUCAAUCAGAAGUCUGCAUGUGCUGCAACAAUCAACGGAUUAUUUGCGACGAUCGGCUUUCUGAUUUCCUUCAUGUCUGACAGCAUCAACGCCUGUCAGACAACCUUGAACAUACCUGCCACGUGCUCCGCAGUUGGGGGCAAUUUAUUAGCUAUCCUGGGAAUUCUCGGUGGCAGCAUUUCAUCUUUGGAAAACAGCUGUCGAGCCGUCACGCUCGCAAAUGAAAACCCAGAGUGGCUACAGUAUGUCAAGGAAAAGCCAAAAUGGUUGAAAUAUGUCAAGCGACGUUUGUCGGGCCGUUCGUCUGAAAGGCCAACCAAUGCAGGUGUGAAGCAGAUGCACUCUACUGCCAAGCUUCCUCCUCUGCCAGUUCGAAGCAUUCUUUCAGAGGCGAUGAUUCAAGAGAUCAGGAACAACCUGUCCGCAGCGGAGUUCAGGAGGGUUGAGAUUGCGCAAUGUACUUUUGAUACAAUGCUUACAGCGAUGUUCUUCGGAAGAGGUCUUCUGGAUAUCUACAAUGCCGCAAUGCAUAGUCCCUGCACGGUCGCUGACGAUUUCGAUCACCAAUUGGACCAAGAUGCUACGUGCAUGGUGCAAGUAUCCGGCAUGAUAACCACGUUUGACUUCGUCGGGGCGCUUAUAUCCUUAGUAGUCUCAGAGUGUCCAGAGGGCGCAAACAUCAAGGCCUUGUGCGCAUCAGAUGCUACGAUCCUUGUUGGCGCAGUUUCAGGGCUGUUGCAGACCGGCGCCUCCUUCCUGUUGGUUUGUGGGCAGGAAUCUGAUGAGAUCGAUCACAUCCUUGAUGACAUCGGGCCAGAUAUCGUUCCGUGA